CCCGUGGUUUCACCCUCCCGGCAGGUUGGUCGUCGCCACAGCCAGUUGCACAGUGGCGAGGUAGCGGCAAGGGGCGAAGGGGACACGUGCCGCCUUCAACAACGCCUUCUGCUGCUCGUGUUCAGACGGCGGAUGGCAGCAUGGUGAUGGAUAACUGACUGCAAGAAACACGACCUACCCAGGUGGCGCCAGGUUGCCCUUCGAGUUCCUGAUGAUAACUCCGUCCUCGGGCCAACCCCUCGCACCCGACUCACGUCCCGGACAACACCAGCAGUUGAGUCGCAGGGGACAACAGGCCAGCAGGAGUGACCGGUCCGCACCUCAUAUCGCAAUGGCUAACCGAGAAAUCAACAUCCGCAUCCCUAUUCCCAACUUCAACGCACUCUGUUGCUGGACGGCUGAGAAAACGGAAUUCAUGGCUGCCAUCAGGAAAAAGUUAGUUAUAGUUGGGGAUGGAGCCUGUGGUAAAACCUGCCUCCUCAUUGUGUUCUCCAAGGACCAGUUCCCCGAGGUCUAUGUGCCCACAGUGUUUGAGAACUAUGUGGCUGACAUCGAAGUAGAUGGAAAACAGGUGGAGCUGGCCCUAUGGGAUACUGCAGGUCAAGAGGACUAUGACAGACUGAGGCCACUCUCCUAUCCUGAUACUGAUGUUAUACUCAUGUGCUUCUCCAUUGACUCCCCAGAUUCCUUAGAAAAUAUACCAGAAAAAUGGACACCAGAAGUUAAACACUUCUGUCCAAAUGUCCCAAUUAUAUUAGUGGGAAACAAAAAGGACCUUCGUAAUGAUGCUACAACCAUUAAAGAACUUCAUAAGAUGAAGCAAGAACCAGUUAGGCCUGAGGAGGGACGUAACAUGGCUGAAAAGAUUAAUGCCUUUGCCUAUCUUGAGUGUUCAGCCAAAACCAAGGAAGGUGUUCGGGAGGUGUUUGAAACUGCUACCAAGGCUGCGCUUUCAGUCAGGAUUAAGAAGAAGAAUAAAUGUACCCUUUUGUAAAGUGUGUAAGGGAUGAGAAGGAAGGCACAAUGCAGUCUGCCCAAGAGCUCGCUACAUGGAGGUUUGAAAUUAUACUUGCUCCCCCUUCCCUCCCCUUCCUCUGUUGUGCUGCUUUCCAGCAGUAACAAUAGAAAGAUGGUGAUGAGGCCUCGGUUCUUUCUCCAUCAGUGCUCACCUUGUUAUAGAAUAUGAGCCAAAGGGAUAUAUGGUAUUAUUUGUAGUGACUUAGAUGAUAAUAUCCUGAGUUAAACAAGUUUGCAGAUAAGUUUUAUGGACAUCAGUUUACAUAAAUGAAGCAACUGUAAUUUAUUAUCUCAUCAAUAUAUUGUCCCUUAAUUUUUCCUGUGUUCUCAUUACCCAGGAAGGGGAUAGGUUGAGGAGUGGUAGCUUUUGUUUUGUGAGGGAGGAGUAGGAAGUCAUGGAGAACUAUCUAUCUGGCUUCAUGUUUAAUUUGGUUGAAGUCCAGAAACAUACAACACUUGACAAGGAUCCCACAUGUAUUCUGUCUGUUUCAUGCAGCAAUUGUUUAAUGGUACUUUCAGCAACCUCAUUGUAAGAGUGAGGAACCAUUUCAUAUUGGUGUGCAUAGUAAAUGGUAUUGUGGCUUUAGUAUUUAGGCUGAUUUCUAUUGCUUUAACUUCAGCCUCUUUAAUAUUUACUGAGCCAAUACUGGGAGAGUUAUGGAAUGGAGUUGUAUGUUGGGAUGUUCAUUCAUAUGUAUUUACUUAUGUGAUCAAAUUGUAUAUUGGGCCAACAAAUACAACAGUGCUUUGGCCUCAACUCUUAAGGUCACAUGAAAUAUGGUGGCUUUGAACUAACAAAAUUUAUAUUGGUAUCCCAUUGACUAUUCACUAGUAUAUACUUAUAAGUUCAUGUAAUCUUUAUUUUAGUAUUUGCCUUUAGUUCAAGUAGAAGAAAUUAUAAAUUUGCUUAUUAUUGUAUUUGCAUAAUUUUGUUUCACAUUAUCCCUGCAUUACUUAGUGCAACAUGACCAAUGCCAAAUUAUGACUUAAUUUAUAGGUUAUUUGGCACUGACAACCACAGCUCAUCCAUGAGUCAUUGCUAGAGCUGUGUCUUCCUAAAACUUACAACUCAUCUGCCAAGACAAGCAAAAAUCAGUAUAUGUGUAGUUAGAUUUUCUACUUGAAAAUUAUUUUUCAUCAAGAAGCUGCAUUCUCUGACCAUUCUCCAGUCAAGCUCUUGUCAGCUGCUGACAUACAUUAAGAGAUGAAAUUAUCCCCCAAGUCAACACCUUUAGUGUGUAAUACUGUAAGUGUGAUUUUUUAUAUUGAUUAGUAUGUAUGUACAAUCACUGAACCAAGUCUACUAGGAACUUGAUGCUUGAAAUUAUUUACCAGCUCAGAAAGGAUAUUUGCUUGGUGAGGCAUCUUCAAGCCAGUGAGAUAUAUAUAUAUAUAUAUAUAUAUAUAUAUAUAUAUAUAUAUAUAUAUAUAUAUAUAUAUAUAUAUAUAUAUAUAUAUAUAUAAAAGAUAUGAAAUAUAUAUAUUUUCAUUUCUUAAAUGUUAGUGUUUAUUAAAUUAAUGUGUGGUUGAUAUGUUUAGAUAAUUUAUUAUAAAGCUUGUUAAAAAUGUUACUUUAGCAAAGACAAAACACAGUGGCUGUUUCUGUGUCUCAUUGGCUUGUUGAGUCUGCACCACAUAUAAAGUAUUAGCUGAAUUGCUUUUAAUGUGUAUUCAGUGCUAUAAUAUGACAAAAAGAUUGUUUUAUCAGUGAAUAGCUCUAAAAUUGGUAUACAGCCAGUGUACAUCACAUUCAGUUUACCCUUUUGUAAUAAAUAUGUAUCCUUUUA